UCGGGCUCGGGCUCGGGCUCAGGCCGCCGGGAUGACCGGGUCUCCCCGGUUCCCGCUGCUGUUGCUCCUGGGGCUCGUCGUGACGCCUUUGGCUCGGGCCGCGGCGGACGGCGGCGCCUUCGACCCCGGGCAGACUCCCAGCGCCGACGUGGCAGCGGCCAAACAGCGCAGGUAUUUAUUGUAUGAUGUGAAUCCACCAGAGGGAUUCAACCUUCGGAGAGAUGUCUAUCUCCGGAUGGCAUCCUUGAUGAAGACACUGCUAAAGAAUGAAGACUGGGUUUUGGUGCUUCCUCCUUGGGGGCAUCUUUACCAUUGGCAGAGCCCAAACCUUGAACAAGUCCGCAUUGUUUGGGCUGCAUUUUUUGAUGUGCCCAGCCUAAAUAAGAAUGUUCCUGUCAUUGAAUAUGAGCAGUACAUUUCAGAGUCCGGUGGCCCGUUCAUAGAGCAGAUCUAUGUUCUCCAAGGGUAUGCAGAGGGUUGGACGGAAGGCCGCUGGGAAGAGAAAAUUGACGAGCGACCGUGCAUCGAUGGCCUUGAGUAUAAGAACGAUAAGCAAGGAUUUUACAGGGGUUGGUUCUGGGGUUACAAGGAGACGCGGGGACUCAGUGUGGCUUGUCUAUCUGUCCAAGGUUCAGCUUCCAUCGUGGUACCUGUCCUUCUGGAAAACACAACAGCACAGUCUGUGAUGUUGGACAGAGGCGAAAACCUGCUACAUGACCAUUAUGCAGGGAAAGAUUACUGGGAUGCUCGGAGAAGCAUGGUAUUUGCUAAACAUCUCCGUAUGGUCGGAGAUGAAUUCAGGGCAAAGUACCUCAACUCUACAGAUGAAGUAGAUAAGACCGUUUACAAUGAGGAUUGGACAAAGAUGAAGGUAAAACUGGGCAUUGCAAGGGGUGGCCCAUACUUGGGAGUACAUCUAAGGAGGAAAGACUUUAUCUGGGGACACAGAAAAGAUGUGUCCACCAUCAGUGGGGCCGUAGAGACGAUCCACAACCUCCUGGAAAAGCUGAAGCUGGAUAGAGUGUUUGUGGCAACAGAUGCAGCUGAAGAUGAGCUGGAUGAGCUGAAGAAACAUCUCCCUGAAAUGAUUCGUUUUGAGCCAUCUCGAGAGGAGCUCGAGCUGUACAAUGAUGGGGGGGUCGCGAUCAUUGACCAGUGGAUCUGUGCUCAUGCCAGGUACUUUGUGGGGACGUCUGUGUCAACGUUUUCAUUCCGCAUCCACGAAGAGCGAGAGAUUCUCGGCUUUGAUCCCCAAACCACCUACAACAGGUUUUGUGGUGAUGAGGAGACGGAAUGCGAGCAGCCUACACACUGGAAGAUUGUGUACUAACAGGGCCGAGUGUGGACUUCUACCCAUCGCCAACCUUUAAGGGAGUGAAGUUAUCCAGAUUUAACAGCGUGUAGAACGUACGAGAGGGGCAUUUUGGCUGUCAAGCCUGCUGCGCCCAUUUCUUACGGCAAUUCUUUAAUUCUAAAUGUGACAAUAUGGUUAUGAACUGAACUGAGCAGCAAAGAAUCAAAGACACUGGAAAGAAAGGCUUUGCGCCACAAAUUUUGAUACCCUCUCGGACCUCACUCUUUUUUUUCCCCCCUUGCGCCCCUCUCCUGACAUUUGGGAGAGAGACAUGUGAGGUGCAGGACAUUUCUGCUUUUUGUUUGAAAUGACAGGCGUGUAACACCAUAAUGUAUUCUCGCACAGUGCUUCUACAAACAAAAUCACAUCACCUCUGAGCCCCCAGUGGGAGACACAGCAUAUAAUACCACAUCGCUUUUCAUCUGUGUUGCUGGAAGAGCAACUUAUGAGCAUCAGCGAUCUGCUCUUAACUACCACUGUUCAUUCUGCUAACACUACAUUCAUUUCACAUUUGCCUCUUUCUAUUCCCUCCCCCUUCAAAAAAAAUCCUACCCUCUCCUUUGAAGAGGCAUUUGUUCUGCCCAGUCCCCUGGCCUACAUUACCAUGGUCUGUGGGGUUGAGCAGUCCUGGUAUUGAAAUCUACCGCCACCAGUUUGCUGGUGUUUCAUGUUGCACAGUAUUAGAAAGUGACUGCCUAACGCAGUUUGCUUACAUUCACAAUGAAACUAAUUUCAAAGUGCCAGUUCUGGGUUUUCCAGUAAAUUAUGCAUAAUAAGACACAAUUAAGUCUGAGCCUGAUAGUUACUUUAACAUUUAUUUUGAUAGUUUUAUUGCCAUUUCUUAGACUAGAUGGAAUUUAACUGAAAUGAGCUCAGGUCAAAGUUCACCACUCGCCUUGUGGUUUUGUUCAGCAAUGUUUCAAUGCAAUUGCCAUUUAGGGCAGUGAUGAAUUCAGUAGAAUUAUAAUCACUUUCUCUUCACCCUCCUCCCCAAACUGCCCUCAGUCCACGAUCAAUCCUUUUAUUCAGAUACGAGUUGUUAGUUGAUUGGUGGAUUGCUUUUCUGGGAGUAAUAAAUCCUU